UUGUGUGCCCCAUUAACCAACACUGGCUUCAAAAUCAAAACAAAGAUGUUGCGUGUUUUGCCUAGCUCCCGGAAAAUAUCAAAAUAUGCAACAGGUUGCAUGCCACAGUUUCUCCGCUGCGCCAGCAAUGCUUGCAGUGAUUUGGUUUUGGUCAAGGAAGAGCAUGGAGUGCGGGAGAUUACCCUGAAUCACCCGAAAACACUGAAUUCCCUCUCGCUGGACAUGAUGACUGCCCUACAGGAUGCCCUGGUCAAAGAUAAAGACAACUUGGACCUGAGAUGCGUGAUUCUGACGGCCCAAGGAAAGAUCUGGUCGGCAGGUCACAACCUCAAGGAGCUGCACAAUGACCCCAAGAUACAGGCCUGUGUUUUCCAGAAGCUAACCGAUGUUAUAAAUGACAUCCAAAAGCUACCGGUGCCCGUGAUUGGAAAAGUUAAUGGUUAUGCGGCUGCUGCGGGCUGUCAACUGGUGGUUUCCUGUGAUAUGUUGGUCUGCACCAAGAACAGCAAGUUCUCCACGCCUGGAGCUGGCGUCGGAGUUUUCUGCUCUACGCCCGGCGUGGCCGUUGCCCGCAUUAUGUCGCGUCCAAAGUCCGCGUAUAUGCUAAUGACUGGUCUUCCGGUAACCGGCGAUGAAGCCUACAUAUCGGGAAUGGUCACCAAAUCAGUUCCCGCCGAGGAGCUGGACAAGGAAAUAGACGAAAUCACAUCCGCCAUCAAGGCCAAAAGUCGCGCCGUCAUCUCGCUGGGCAAGGAGUUCUUCUACAAGCAGCUAGCCAUGUCCCAGGCACAAGCCUUCGCAGCUGCCCAGGAAAAGAUGUGCGAGAACUUCCAGCUGGGCGAUACCAAAGAGGGCAUCGCUAGCUUCUUCGAAAAGCGUCCACCUAGUUGGAAGCACCAGUAAACCCGACCUUUAGCUGUACAGGCAUCAAACAAAACUGGCCAAUUGUGCAUUUAUACGUUUAAGCUAUGUAAGUCCAAUGUGGCAAACAAAAUUUGUUAUUAAUUUGUGUUAUCCAAAAAUUGUUGUAAUAAAAUGUAAACUCUAAUUGAACAAAAUUAAGUAAUUUGUAAUGAAAAAUAAGUAGCUUGGGUGCAUUCUUUACCACCUUUGAUUAUAUUAUCUUUAUGAAACUAAACACCAACGCGGGUAAAAUGAAUUAAAU